AAAGUGAUGUAUAUAAAAAAAAUCGGAGGGAGUAGUACAUAUAUAUAUGCAUGCAUAAUACACUACUAAUUAUAAACUACUAAAUAUAAUCAAUUAUAUCUUUCUUUUCCCAAAAAAAAAAAAAAUAAAAAAAAAUAAGAAGAAGAAGAUCAGAUCAUCCAGAAGAAUUGAUGAACGGCGGGGAUGAAUGGAGGUAUAUGAUCGUACGGCCAGAAAAGGCUGGAAUUAGGGAUUUGUGGAAGUUUUGGAGAAAGGGAGACAUAAAAAGUGGGUCCAAAUUUAUAUUGAGUAAUGGUUGCUCUGAUAAUGUUGAAGAAGAUGAUUAUGAAGAAUUAGAUUUAGAAGAGUGGAGGUUAUUCUUUGAUGGGAAGGAUAAUAGAUGGGUGAUAAUUGUAUCAAUUUUAGUAAGAAGGUUGAAUAAAUUAUUUGGUAAACCCUUGGAAUUAUUUGGUAAUUUUGUGGAUUUCUCCCUUAAUCUCCUUUCUCUUAAUGGCAAUCUCUUUCGGCUUGCCUCAAACUUUCUCCAAGGUAAGGUGGUGAUUCCAGAAAGAGGUACAACGACAUUCAUAAGCUCAAUUGGACAUUUGGAUGGGCGAAUCGACUUGAACAAGACAGAUUAUUUUGGAGAAGGAUCAUCAUCAAGUAAUUCGAAAAUAGAGAUAGAGAACAAAUCACUAAUGGACCUUUGUGUUAUGGCGUCAAAGUUAGCUUAUGAAAAUGCUAGUGUGGUCAAAGAGGUUGUGGUUAACCAUUGGAAGAUGCAUUUUGUGGAGUUUUAUGAUGGUUGGAAUGAUUAUCAGCAGGAGAAGUCCACCCAAGUGUUCAUCCUAUGUGACAAACCAGAAGAUGCUAAUUUCAUACUAAUAAGCUUCAGAGGCACUGAACCUUACGACGCUGAUGAUUGGAGCACAGAUUUCGACUACUCAUGGUACGAGAUCCCAGAGCUAGGAAAGCUUCACAUGGGUUUCUUAGAAGCCUUAGGUUUAGGCAACCGAGCUGAUACCCCUACAUUCCGACAUAACCUCCUACAGAAGAACAUCAAUGUUGCUUUCACCCCGGAUAUGGCAGAGUUAACAGCCUACAUUGCUGUCAAAACCAAGCUCAAGGAAUUAUUACAACAGCAUAAGAACGCGACAUUUGUUGUCACAGGACAUAGCCUAGGCGGGGCUCUUGCAAUCUUGUUUGUCACGGUGUUGAUCUUACAUGAGGAGAUUGAAAUGAUGGAGAGGUUGUUGGGUGUGUACACUUUUGGACAGCCAAGAAUCGGAGAUGGUAAGCUAGGGAUGUUCGUGGAAGAACGACUUAAUAAACCUAAGAUUAGGUACUUUCGAGUUGUUUACUGCAAUGAUGUUGUUCCUAGGCUGCCUUAUGAUGAUAAAACAUUCUUGUAUAAGCAUUUUGGUGUUUGCCUAUACUAUAACAGCUUUUACGCUAAGCAGCAAGUGAAAGAGGAGCCGAACAAAAACUAUUACGGGAUAAGGUACCUGAUUCCGGCACACUUGAACACGGCGUGGGAGUUGAUCAGGGCCUUGACAAUGUGUUAUGUGUAUGGAACAGAUUAUAAAGAGGACUGGUAUUCGGUUUUGGUGAGGGUUGUAGGAUUAGUUCUACCAGGUAUUUCUGCUCAUAGCCCAAGGGAUUAUGUCAAUUCAGUGAGGCUAGGUAGAGAACACAACAUUCAAAUGUCCUCUCUUCAUUAACUUAUUAAUUGGAGUGUGUUUAAUAUUCAAAUGUCAUUAAUUAGAGUGUGCUUAAUUUAAAAAAAAAAAAAAAACAUUUUUCCUUCCCUCUUAUGAGUCUCACCCCAUUUUCCUUUGCUCUUAUGAGUCUUAUCCCUUUUCUUAAUUAUCUUUC